CAACCACGCCGCCACUGCGUUGACCCGGCGUGCGUGCGGCCGUCGUUUGGCGUGCGCAAAAGAGGCACGCGAGAGCGGCACGCUCUGUGAUGCUCGUCGUGCUAUAAAUUAGGGUGGUGAAUCGGAUUGUGCUGUGAAUCAGGAGCGUUGGAAAAAGUGCAAAAUCGGAACCAGCGUGAAAUUGGCUAGCAACCCAUGGUAGAAUUCGCAGCCGAUUUUGAAUUGCAAGUGAAACGCAAAUAUCCUUCCGCUUCGCUUUGACGCCCCGGAACCCGGAUCGAUUCGCGAGGGGACGACCCACACACGGUGCCGAAGUCGGAGAACAAGUGAAGAAAGUGCAGAAAGUAGAAAAAGUAGAGUGCGCGGCGUUUCGCGUUUUUUUUCGCGGUGCUGCAUAAAAUUUGACAUCCACAGUAGGCGAGGGAAGAGUAAAGAGAACGGCGAAAUAAUUGUCGCCUCGCAAACUCGAACCCGGCGGGAUCCACUCGAAAUCCAAGCAGCCGCCGAUUUACGGCACACCGAAAAGAGGAGGCGAAAAACUCAACCACAUAUUUGGGGAAAUAUCUCGCACCGAACGGUACCGGGAAAUAACGGAAGUCCAUUCCGCGGAGGAGAGUAGUCGCAAUAAGGAAGACAGAGAGAAAGAGCGAAAGAAAGAAAGAGAGACUGCAGAAGAAAAUCAACCACGAUGGGGAAAAGCAAAAUUCAGUGCAGCAAGUGCCAGAAGAAGUGCUCGGGUGAAGUGCUGCGCGUCUCGGAUCGCUACUUCCACAAGACCUGCUUCCAGUGCACGAAGUGCAACAAAUCCCUCGCGACCGGUGGCUUCUUCUCGAAGGAUGGCCUCUACUACUGUACGUCCGACUACCAGAAGCUGUACGGUACGAAGUGUGCCGCCUGCGGUCAGUACGUGGAGGGCGAGGUCGUGUCCACGAUGGGUAACACAUAUCAUCAGAAGUGCUUCACCUGUAGCAAGUGCAAGCAACCGUUCAAAUCCGGUAGCAAGGUGACCAAUACUGGCAAAGAGGUUCUGUGCGAGGGCUGCGUCAAGAGUCCUCCGGUGAGCGGUGGCGGAAGACCCACGACACCGGCCGCUAGCGGCACGGCUGCCGGUGGUGGUCCCGCGGCAACGGUCUCCCCCAAAAGUCAUAGUCGAGCGAUCGAGCAGAAGCAGGAGCAGCGCACGAUCAAGGAGAUCACUUCGAGCCCUACGAGAGCAGCCACGCUGCAGCACCACCACGAGACGGUCAAGAAGCAGCAACAGAUGCUCCAGAACGGUGGAAAGCAACCGGAUCCGAACGAGUGUGCCGGCUGUCGGCAGCAGCUGAAGGAAGGCCAGGCACUGAUUGCUCUCGAUCGCCAGUGGCACAUCUGGUGCUUCAAGUGUAACGCUUGCGGUACCACACUGAACGGUGAGUACAUGGGCAAGGACGGUGUGCCGUACUGCGAGAAGGACUUCCAGAAGUCGUUCGGUGUCAGGUGUGCCCACUGCAAUCGGUACAUCAGCGGCAAGGUGCUGCAGGCCGGUGACAACCACCACUUUCAUCCGACCUGUGCCCGGUGCACCAAGUGUGGCGAUCCGUUCGGCGACGGCGAAGAGAUGUAUCUGCAGGGUGGUGCCAUCUGGCACCCUAGAUGUGGUCCCGGACCGUCCUCCGACGGUGGUCUUCUGAAUGGGGUCGAGACGAACGGGUUCAACACCGAGACGGAGUUCGAUCGUACCAGCACCAGUGCAAUGAGCGAGAUACAGUUUACGUAUCGCUCGCAAACUCCAAGCGUAGAUGGUUCCGUUUAUAGUCCGUACACGCAUAGAAAGUACCAUCGCACCACGAGUCCGGGAUUAAUCUUAAGAGAAUACAAACACCAAGGCUACGAGGACAUUGCUCGUAUCUACACCUAUAGCUACCUGACGGAGGAGCCGGGCUAUCUGCGCCGCCCGAUUGAACCAUACGAUCGGGCACCGGUCUCGCCGCACUUUCACCGCCCGGUGCAGUACUCGUCGAUGAGCAGCGGCACUCGGUCCGGGGCGGGGUCACGCUCGCACUCGCGCAGCCGCAGCGCAAUGAAGGUGCUGGUCGACAGCAUACGGUCCGAGACGCCCCGCCCGAAGAGCCCGGGCAUGAACAAUGAGGAACCGAUCGAGCUGAGCCACUAUCCGGCCGCCAAGAAGCCGCCACCGGGCGAGAAACCAAAGAUCGAGCGGGAUGACUUCCCGGCGCCGCCCUAUCCGUACACGGAUCCGGAGCGGCGCCGUCGGUACUCCGACUCGUACAAGGGUGUACCUGAGUCUGACGACGAGGUGGACAAAGCCAACAACAAGGAAAACCUAGCCGAUAAGCGCCACCACCGGGAAGAGGAAGAGCUGAGAAAAAUGAAAUCGUCCGGCAUGAGUAAGGUCAUUUUGAAGGAUCUGCAGGAGAAGAAACGGUACGAGCACUGGAAGCAGGAGAAUUUGGACCCACGUAAUGCGUCGCGCACCCCGUCGGCAGCAAAGGAACCGACGUACCGAAUGCGUUACGAUUCGCCGGUCGGAGCGUCUCCGUCGCGUAACCUCGAUCACCAGAAGCCGUUCUGCGAGGACGAGUUCGACCGCUCGACCAGCUACCGUGGCUCGGUUGGGCGCGCCAUCGGUAAUGCUACCAGCUACAAUGCCAUCCAUUCGUACAGGUCACCUCCGAAGCCCGGAUAUGGAUUCAAAACGUCCACACUGCCACCGUCACUUAGAAACGGUUACAGCUCCGAUUUCUCCUUCAGUGGGCUCGGCGAUAAGACCCACAGUACGGAGUUCAGCUGUGGCAAAAGCGACAUUUCAGGCGAAUCCAUAACCGAUGGUGACCGGCGUGCUCUGGGUGCCGAAAUUCCUGUCUCCAGUACGUACUCCGGCGCUCUGUCCUAUCAUUAUCCCCAGCAACCAACGCGCCGCAGCUUGCCCAAUAUGGCCCAUUCGUUGCUAGUGCACGAACCGGCCAAAAUCUAUCCCUAUCAUCUACUGCUAAUAACCAACUACCGGCUGCCGUCGGAUGUCGAUAGAUGUAAUUUAGAGCGUCACCUGUCGGAUGUUGAGUUUGAAGCGAUUCUCCAGUGCGCCCGCCCGGAGUUCUACCGUUUGCCCCAGUGGAAACGUAACGAUCUAAAACGACGUGCUCGGCUGUUUUAAAACUUCAAACACCUUACCGGGAUCGUCGUCACGAUUGCCUACUACUUUUCCGGUUUCGUUCCCUUCUCUUCCCGUACCCAGCCCGUGGAAGGGAUGAGGAGACACACCAAACCCGAAGCCUAUGUUCCAUUUGUUCGUUUAGCAAAAUGUGUUUGUGUUCCGCUACAGCCCGCUCCGUAUGCGAUGUUUCUACCACUUUGACUGUCCUGCUAGGUGUGCUGUAGCUUUCGUUAGAAGCUUAAUUUUAGAUUUUGACCGUUUGAAAAUUUGGGUUCAACACUUUUGGUUUUGUUCAUCGUUUGACGAUCACCUCUCGUUGGUGUGAACAAAAAGGGUGGGCCGAGUGACCGCGCGGGGCACGUAUAGAAAACAAAAUAAGAUUUCUGCUUCACCGGUGCCGCCUUUUUCACGUAGCUCCUGCUACUGUGUGCGCACCUGCCGUGGAGCUGUUAAUGUAACAAACUGCCAUCGAAGAGCAAUCAUCGAAGGCAAUUGCACCUUAGUUAGCUUCUCUUGCUUAUUAAAGAGGCCUAGAAAAUAGAUAAAAUUUUGAACCGCGGGGCGAGACCUUUUUCGAAACAAGCAUUUAUGUGGUGGCUGUAAGAUCUUCUCACUGUGGCUUCGGUAUCUCCCAUUGAGGCAGUGGAUGGGCGCAAGCGCUGGCGGCAACGCACGAAAUCAGAUUUAACUACGAACUCAUCACAUGAAAUUACACGCCAAUUGCAGAGAGCUAGAGAAAAACAAACACUAAAUUCAGCUAGCCUUAAUACGUUUAAUUGUAGAGUUAAAAUAGCCGCAUGGAUUGUUUAGGUACAAAGCGGAACAAGGGCAGUUAAUCGAUUGAACGAUGGGAGAGAAUCCAAUAUAUAAAAUAUUUAUAAUUUCUAUUUAUGAGAUGGGUGGAUGCGAAACAUAACAUCCCUAAACCGUACGCAAUGUCAAACAACAGAUGGAUAAUUAAAAGCAAACUAAGGGAAAGCAUAGCUAACUACAAAAAGAAAUAAAAACGUCGUAAAAAUAAUACUAUAUUACACUGUAAGACAACAGAAUCGAAAUAUCGGAGGGAUAGAGCCCUCCACUUCUGUUCCGAUGCUUUGUGCGAGAUACUAUUCGUUGCUUGUUCGGCGCUUGCAGGCAGCGCGGUCUCUCGGGAUAGGUCUCUUUAAGUAAAUUGUAGCAUAAGAAAGGGUAAAAAUCAAAAAGUCACAACACAAAAGAUCCUUACGGUGUUGUUCUGCUGAUUUGUGAUGGUGACGUUGUGCGGCGCAGAAAGAAUUCAGCUUAGUGCACCAAAAGAGAUACUGUAUCCGUUUACUACCCAUUUACCGUUUCCGUUUACUAGUAGACCUAUAGGCAAUGGUUGACAAAUGAACGGAGAUAAAAAAAACCCGACACGACACAACAUCACAACCCGAAUGUACCAAAGUGCAGCAUGCGCCGCUAGGUGUCAGUGAAAGCCUAGGAACGCCGUGCAGAACCACAAACUUGUGACCAGACGCGUAGGGGUGGUCAGUAUUUAUUCGAACCAAGAUGAGCAAAUAAAACAAAGGGUGACAAAUGUUACCACAAAUAAGAAAGGAGAUCAUAUUUUUUUACAAAAUCCACUAACCGGGCAAAAGAGAUUGGAAAGCGAGACGGACAGCCGGACAGUAUCUUUUGAUUAACACAGGCGCAUCACACGAACCGGUUUGGUGAUUCAAAGGGAUGAUGAACGCGACCCAAAAACUGGUACUGUGCGGUUCCCAAACUGGCUACCCAAACGGAGGUGUGCAACGACGCAAAAGAAAAUUGUUCACAAUUGUUUUGUUAAAAAUCUGCAUCCUGGUGAUUGCAGAAGGAGCAAAGAGCAAGAAGUCAGAAAACAAACGGAUAGAUGAGUGGUACUGUAGUAAACAAUAUGACUAAUCGGUGUGUGCGCGUAGUAGUUGUAAGAAAAUAAAACCAAACGUGCUGCUAAUGUGAAAUGGCUGUCGCAUGCGUCGCUUUGCGUGUCUCGCUGACUACUUUCCUUGACUGCGCACCGGAAGCGUAAAUCGGGCCAGGCUUACUCACACGCAAUACACCGCGAACCGCGCACCAGGGUUGUGCCAAAGGGCACCCCGGGAAUGUAAGCGCAAAGCAAAUGUGAAACGAAUAGAAACACUCAGCAAGCAUCCAGCAAGAGACAAAAAUAGAAUUAUUU